GCGCAAGCGUGUCACAGGACCAUUUCCUGGAAGCGCACUAAGCCCAGCUCACAUUAACUGGGGCCGAGGUGGAGGGGAAUUGUUUUAAUUAUGGCCACGUCGCACGUUCGAGGGGAUCCGGAAGGCAAAACUGCCAUCACUGUGCUGAAGCGGGCGGUGGAACUAGAUUCGGAGUCCCGGUACCAGCAGGCAUUAGUGUGUUACCAAGAAGGGAUUGAUCUGCUUAUACAGGUUCGGAAAGGCACCCAGGAUCACACUAAGAGAUGUUAUCUCAGAGAAAAAAUUACUCACUACAUGGAUAGAGCAGAAGACAUAAAGAAAUACUUGGAUCAAGUAAAAGAAGAUGGAAAAUAUCACAAACAAAUUAAGAUAGAAGAGAAUGCAACAGGUUUUGGUUAUGAGUCACUUUUUAAAGAAUACCUUAAUGAGACAGUCACAGAAGUUUGGAUAGAAGACCCUUACAUUAGACAAACUCAUCAGCUAUAUAACUUCCUUCGAUUUUGUGAGAUGCUUAUUAAGAAACCAUGUAAAGUAAAAACGAUUCAUCUUCUCACCUCUCUGGAUAAAGGGUUUGGGAAAGUACAACAAAGUAGCCUGGAAGAAAUAAAAGAGUCACUCAGGAAUCAUGGAGUGCUGUUGGAAAUAGAAUAUUCUUCUUCAAUACAUGACCGAGAAAUUAGGUUCAACAAUGGAUGGAUGAUUAAGAUUGGAAGAGGACUUGAUUACUUUAAGCAUCCACAGGGUCGUUUUUCCCUCGGAUAUUGUGAUUUUGAUUUAAGACCAUGUCAUGAGACAACAGUUGACAUUUUUCAUAACAAGCACACACGAAAAAUAUGAUCAUGGAAGCCUAAUUCAUACUUCAUAUUUCUACUUUAAAUGCUGUCUUAUUCCAUUUUCUGUUGCUAUAAUGGAAUACCACAUAUUGGCUAAUGUAAAAAAUAGAAGUUGAUUUAGCUCACAGUUUUAGAGGCUGGAAGUCUUCAGAGGACAGUGUUGGCAUCUGGUGCAGGCCUUCUUUCUGCUUUGUAUGUGACAGACGGCAUCAUGGGAGAAAUGCAGGCUACCCAGAGAGAGCUCAGUUUUAUAACAAAGUCACUUCUGGGAAGCAGAGCUGGUCAUAUUUCAGAAGUCCCACUUAAAAUUGCUAUUUUGAGGACCAAGUUUCCAACACAUGAACUUUUUUUUUUUGUUUCUUUUUUGGUACCGGGGAUCGAACUCUGGACCUUGCUUGUGAGGCAGGCGCUGGAACCACUGAGCUAAAUCCCCGGUCCAAACACGUGAACUUUUUUUUUUUUU